AGGACACGGGGAGGCGGUUGCUGCUGCUGGGCAGAGGAGUCGUGCAGGAGCUGCGGCUGCACUCGGACGCCACAUUCCCUCCUUACGGGACUGGGGGUGAGGAUGUGCGAGAGCUGAUCCUGCCGCCGCCGCCUGUGCUGAGAAGUGUCUGCUCCUCCUUCUCCUCCUCCUCCUCCUCCUCCUCCUCCCCUGCUGUGGGUGAACCUGCGCUACGGGCUCUUCACCGACACGGGGGAGGGGGGUUCGUUUGUUUGUGUAUUUGUUUAAGGCAGAGAGAGAGAGAGAGAGAGAAAAAAAAAGCGAGAGAUCUUCCGUCCACUGAAGCACAGUUCACUAUGAUCGUACUCGCAUUCAGCACUGGAAGCCGGUUGGAUUUCGUGUCUCAGUCCAGGGUAUUUUUCUUGCAAACCUUCCUUUGGAUUUUAUGUGCUACAGUGUGCAAAGCGGAGCAGUAUUUCAAUGUGGAGGUAUGGUUACAAAAGUAUGGCUACCUUCCACCAACUGACCCCCGAAUGUCGGUGUUGCGCUCUGCAGAAACCAUGCAAUCAGCUAUAGCUGCCAUGCAGCAGUUCUAUGGCAUUAAUAUGACAGGAAAAGUGGACAGGAACACAAUUGACUGGAUGAAGAAGCCUCGAUGUGGUGUGCCUGAUCAAACAAGAGGUAGCUCCAAAUUUAACAUUCGUCGGAAACGCUACGCGUUAACAGGACAGAAAUGGCAACACAAACAUAUCACUUACAGCAUAAAGAACGUCACUCCAAAAGUAGGUGAUGCAGAAACUCGUAAAGCCAUUCGCCGUGCCUUUGAUGUGUGGCAGAAUGUAACUCCUCUAACAUUUGAAGAAGUUCCUUAUAUUGAACUAGAAAAUGGCAAGAGGGACGUGGAUAUUACAAUCAUUUUUGCAUCAGGUUUUCAUGGAGACAGUUCUCCCUUUGAUGGGGAGGGAGGAUUUUUGGCUCAUGCAUAUUUCCCUGGGCCAGGAAUUGGGGGAGACACACAUUUUGACUCAGAUGAGCCAUGGACUUUGGGAAAUCCCAACCAUGAUGGGAAUGAUCUGUUUCUAGUUGCAGUACAUGAACUGGGACAUGCUCUGGGCUUGGAGCACUCUAAUGAUCCCACUGCAAUCAUGGCUCCAUUUUAUCAGUAUAUGGAAACUGACAACUUCAAACUACCUAAUGAUGAUUUACAGGGCAUCCAGAAGAUAUACGGUCCACCUGACAGGAUCCCACCACCAACAAGACCUCUUCCAACAGUGCCCCCACAUCGUUCAGUCCCUCCAGCAGACCCGCGGAAGAAUGACAGGCAACCUAAACCUCCUCGGCCACCCACUGGUGACAAACCUUCCUAUCCCGGAGCCAAGCCUAACAUCUGUGAUGGGAACUUCAACACUCUGGCUAUUCUUCGACGGGAAAUGUUUGUUUUCAAGGAUCAGUGGUUUUGGCGAGUCAGAAACAACAGGGUGAUGGAUGGAUACCCCAUGCAGAUUACCUACUUCUGGAGGGGACUGCCUCCCAGCAUUGAUGCAGUUUAUGAAAACAGUGAGGGGAAUUUUGUCUUCUUUAAAGGUAACAAGUUCUGGGUGUUCAAGGACACUACUCUCCAGCCAGGUUAUCCUCAUGAUUUGAUAACACUUGGAAGCGGAAUUCCUUCCCAUGGCAUUGAUUCGGCAAUUUGGUGGGAAGAUGUUGGGAAAACCUACUUCUUCAAAGGAGAUAGGUACUGGAGGUACAGUGAAGAAAUGAGAUCCAUGGACCCUGGUUAUCCCAAACCAAUCACAAUUUGGAAAGGUAUCCCAGAAUCUCCUCAGGGAGCCUUUGUCCACAAAGAAAAUGGCUUCACAUAUUUCUACAAAGGAAAAGAAUACUGGAAAUUCAAUAAUCAGAUGCUCAGGGUGGAACCUGGCUAUCCCAGAUCCAUCCUCAAGGAUUUUAUGGGUUGUGAUGGACCAACAGAUCGAGAUAAAGACCGACACAGCCCUCAAGAUGAUGUUGACAUUGUCAUCAAACUGGACAACACAGCCAGCACUGUGAAAGCUAUAGCCAUCGUCAUUCCCUGCAUUCUGGCCUUGUGCCUCCUUGUCUUGGUUUACACUGUGUUCCAGUUCAAAAGGAAAGGAACACCCCGCCACAUACUGUACUGCAAACGCUCUAUGCAAGAGUGGGUGUGAUGUAGGGUUUUGGUUUUUCUCUUUCCUUCCCAGGAGUUUAUGGUAACUUGAGAUUCAACACAAGAGCUGUUAUGCAGUUUCCUAGCUAGGAGCAGGCAUCUGUCAGUCUGAAACAAAGCUGAUCUUUAAAACCCAGGGGGUUGCCUGUCCUGCACGUGAGUGGCGAUUCGCUCAGCUGGGAAGCUUCCAUGCUACACAGUAUCUGCUGUUUCUUCAGUCCUUUGUCUUUCUUUGUCAUUUGAUUCUAGGCCUUUCCUCUGCACGCUCAAUGCCCUAUAAACUGUCAGGAUUAACUAAUGAAGAGGAAAAAAAUAAAUCUCCAAUGUUUCUACAUUUUUCACUGAAGGCCUGUUCCCCUUUGAAAAAAUUUUUGGUGAAAGUAAAUUUUUUUAGAAAAACACAACAACCCAUAAUGGAACUUUCAGGAAAGUGAGAAGACCCAAAACAGCUUUGUCUCCAAAGAGGAUUGCUUUCUGUCUGCUACGGAUAAAGUCCUAUACUCCUACUUCCAGUUUUGUCAGGUGGGAGACUCAGAUGACAUGCAGGACUUCAGACUGUUCGGACAGCCAUUUUCCAACAAACAAGGGGCCAAAAUAUCUGCAAUAUAGUAACAGCCUUAAUAAUACAUUCAUUUUGUGUUUUUUACAGCUGCUCUGGGCUAUGUCCUCAAUGUUUUAAACUCAUUUAUAUUCAUUACUAUAUUCAAGCAAAACCUUUUUAUUGGUGUGUUUGAUUUUUGGUUGGUUUUCCUGCAUAAUCUUUCCCAAGCUGUACCAGGCCAACUGCCCCAGGCCUUUCAUAGGUCUGUCAGGAGCACUCAUUCCAAAGCACGAUAAAAAGCAGUGUGUCUCUGAAGUGGAUUUCAAUGAACUAAAGCAACAGUCAUGCUACAGAGAAAAUUGAUGCUGGUAUUACAUCGGUGGUGUAACCCUUUGAGAACUAUUGCAUCCGUUUUCAGAGUCUGGUGGAUGUUAAUCUUGGUUGUCAUUAAAUUAUAGGAUUGUGUUUGGGUAAUACAGAUUUUAAAAGAAAAACAAUUUUUCAAAACAGAUUUCCUGUGACUGCAAGUAAGUGUUUUUAAUUAUUUGCAUUAUUGAUAGAAAAGCAUUUGUAACAUAAAUAGUUACCAGCUACUUUUUGGUCAAAGGAACCAAACCUGUUUUAAUAACUUCUACCACUUACCGAGAUUUUUUCUGAACUGGCAGCAGUUUUAUAGCUUAGCCUCUUAUCUUAAGCAUCUUGAAUUUUUCUUUUAAACUAUGUUGUAUGAUAAUUCAAUUUGCCUCUGCAGAGGCAGAGCUACAGUUUCAAAGGAAAGCAAAAAUGGUGACUCUGAUAUUGCAUGAGAAUCCUCUGGUGUGUUACCCCUUUGCAUGUUCACCAUAGUUCUCAAAGGGUUAGUCAAAUUUCUGGCCUUCAGCCGGACAUGGUAUCACUGACAGAGCCAAGGGACCACCAAAGCAUCUUGUCAUUCAGUGUAAUUUUUGCUAACAGCAGUAUUGUCAUUUUCAUGUGACCUGCAGAGCAGGUUUGUAUCAAUAUUUUUUUCCUAGAGAAAAGUCAGCAACUGACAGACCUCUUUAUUGAUUUUAGGAGCUGCUUCUUGCAGUGGUAGGCUUUACAGUCACUGGGCUGUGAACUUAUUAAAGAUGGUCAGAAUGAUGCACCCCAAAAGUCAGACACCUGGUUUUUUAUGAAAGCCAGGAUUUGAGGGGAGUAGCUUUUGCAACAAUGAACAGCUUGCCUUGAACUUGAUUAUUGACCUGUUGACUGUCAUUACAAAGUUAAACAUUGUCUUCUGUGAACAGCUUCACUGUCUGAAUUUCCUUAAAGUGUACUGUCCUAUCUCUUUGGUCUUUGACCUUUAACUUGCAAACUGGCACAAACUGAAGGGAAUCUGGUGUUGCAAAUGAGCUAAGAUGAGUUUUAUUUCUUAAAAGGCCUAAUAUGCAUUAUCCAAAAUUCAAGGAAAAAAAAAGGUUGAUGUGUUUUAGUAGAAAAGAACUGACAUAAACCAAAAUAUUUAUGAUAGAUCUGUAGAAGGGUAUUUUGCUAUGUAUACGUGCACACUCUAAAAAUGAACUACAGUAGAAGUUAAUUUUUAUUUAAAUUGAAUACAAUUUUCAGUAUAAAACUAUAAUUUCUACAAAUAGUUAGUUAUUAAUAAAAAGGCUAUAGGAAAGUAUUGAAAUACUUGAAAUGGCCAGUAUGGGCUUUUACAUAAAAUGAGACUUUUAUACUACAUCCAACCAAUUUCUUACUGGUUUCUUAAUCCACAUAACAGGAUCACUUUUUAGAGAGUGUAGGUAUAUAUACAUGUAUAUUAUGGUUAUUAUUAUUUUGGUAAUGGAUAGCUUGAUUGCCUUGAAUUUAUAUUUAUAUUGAGCAUAGCAUGAAAAAUAGUGUGGCUUUUUUUUAAUUACAUGACUUUAUAUUGAUUUGAGGACUUAUUUUAUGUUCAUGUGUGGCAUGCUAUAAAGCAUUGCAAACUUGUUUCUUAGGGCAUAAACAGAUAUACAUAUGUAUGGCUAACAAAAAUGAAGAUUAGAAAAAGAUAGAGUUUUACAACAAAUAUGCAAUGCGGGUGGCAUUUUGGAGAUGUUUUGUAGAGGUACUGCAUACUGUAGGUUAGAAGUGCACCAGUAUCAGCCCAUAGCAUUAUUUAGUAAAUCCAAUUCAGUUGUUGCUGAAAAUAUAGAUUAAUUGACAGUUAAGUAACAUAGGACAUUUUAUGCACAUCAGCUUAUUUGGUGAAUUCAGAAUUCUAUGCCUGUUUGUCAUAUAUAUUAAAAAGUCUGUAUGUGUUUGUAUACCUAUAAAUGCACACAAACACACACAUACACAUACGUGCAUAUUUUAAUCCAUGGAGAGAUUUUUAUUGUCAACAAACUGCUAUAACUUAUGUUCUGCUGCAGACAGAACAAAAUUAUUCAUGUUGCUGUUCCAAUUUUGUCCCUUGGGUAGCUGGUGGAAAAUACUAACAGCACUACUUAUUCUGCAUUUGGUUUUCCUUUGCAAUAGGAGAACUUACUUUAUAUUAUCUUCAAGUUGGAACAGCAUCUCAUCGGGUUUUUUAUUCACUUGAAAAUCUCACUUCAAUUUUGAAAUAUCUUUCAUGGCAGCUUUAACCUUUUGUGAAACUGUUUCCCUGACAGUAAUGAAGUGCUGAGCAUGUUGACUGUUGUUCUUUGAUAAGGUAACAAAAGUGUUUGUAUUUGGAGAAUUUAUCUUUAAUUAUGCAGGAAGGUAAGUGUGAUAAGUCUAGUGCUUCUCAUAUGGUACAUCAUAGAUACAUGAAUACAUGAUAAGUUGAUUGUUUAUUUUCUUUUACUUAAAAGUGCAUAUAUGUUAUAUACAGAGAGAGAGAAAAUAUUAUAUUGGCAUGUUUACGUCAUGCAGAGCAAGAUUGUGUCAGCAUUUCUAUUACAUACGCCUCUUUUCAGUAGGUUAUAACACAGUCAUAAAGGUUUGCUUUAAGUAAAAGAUGUAGAAGCAAUUUUGUUCACAGUAAUACCCAAAUACAUACUGGCUAGUUUCAAAUUAUAGAAGUUCAGAGUCAAUUAGUGAUGUUGCCUGAUCUAGUUGUGAACUCAAAUGAGUAAAAGUUUUAAGAUGAUGUUAUUUUUUGAACAGUUGUUUUUCUACCAGGGCCUAUAAUUAUGAGAAUUAGGAAAAAACGAAUUGAAAAUAUUUUUAGUUCUGCACUCUUGAUUCCUGCUCAUGUGCCGUAACUCUUUUUCAUACAGUUUUUAAUAAACAUUUCCAUAUUGCUAUUGUUAUGAUCUGUACUGUAGAACAAUACAAAAAUGAAUAUGUAUUGUGUUAAUCAGUUACAGUCUAUCAAGCUGACUAUACAGGGUUAUGUAUCUUCAGAAUACUGUGGUCUGUAUGAUGCAGGAGGCCAAAGCAGAUGAUGGCAGUAUUUCCUCUGGCCUUUUAAUGUAUAAACCUAUGAAAAGGUUGUUGACUGUAGACAAAAAAUAAUUUUUAUCAAAAAAUACAUUUAAAAAACUAUGUAACUGUAUAUUUACUGGAUAGGCUGGGAUGGAGAGGCUCAAAUGGCUCCAAAGGAGCCCUUUCAAGUCUCCUGAAUAAAUGUAAUACAUAUUUUAUAUAUUCCUAUACACUUUUGUUCUUUUUCUUCUUUCCAAGUGGGGCAAAGGGAGGGGAUAAUUAAAGGAAAAGUGGGGGGGUUUUAGGCUAAUUUUGUGAAUGAAAAUAACAGAAGCUAAUAGAUUCAAGUCUAAGGGGCAGACUUACACUUUUGCUUAGAAGUGUACUUCACCUCCCCAGCUGUUUGGUCGAGACUCCUGUGCCAUUAGCACUGUGGGUUAAGAACAGAGUGUAAGGCUUAAUUUUUGAAUUUUCAACUUUUGGGGGGGCUCUUACUUCACAAUCUUAAUGUCAGUUAAAUGUAGCUUUUGGUACCAAAUUAUAUAGAAUCAAAUUCUAGCUUGUUGGUUAGAAAAAAUUGUGUAGAAUAGAAAGUAGGUCUGCCUAUAAGCAAUGGAAGCAUUACAUUCCUAUUCUAGGUUGUUUUUUUUUUUGCAUCUGAAUCAUUGCCAGGGCAAAUAAAAAAUACACAUAACAAAUUGAACAAUGAAUGUUCCAGGCACUGCAUUUUGAAGAAAGUAGAAAUGCAAGCUAUCACACCAUUAGCAGCCUAAAUUUGAGAUAGCAUAAGAUGACUGGGUUGAGGAGCAAGGAUAUGACUGUAGGGUUUUGCUCUGUCUUGGCUCCCAUAUCUUCUCAGAACAUGGCCUGAGUUUUUGUCACCAGCUGCUGAGGUGGAGGAAGCCAUGCACCGUGGCAGUAGGAGAUGUGAAGCAGCCAUUGCAGAGCAAUAGCUCCCUGUUGUCUUUUGUUGUUAAGACUGUCUUUGGACAGCCCUGUUUCCAGAAGUGUAAAUAGAUGACUGCAGCCGUAUGAGCCAUAAGGAAGAUCAUUAUUAUCAGUGGAGGGAACAAAUGUCACUGGCCACUUAGCUGUUCAGCUAUGCUGAACAAGUCAAAUAAUAUUGUCUGGGAGCUGAGGAACAGAUAACCCAUUAUUGAAUACAAUGGUAUAGCCGUGACUGAUACACCAGCACUGUAAUGUUAGAUGCACUUCCUUAGCUCACACCACAGAGACUGCAGACAAACGGAGUGGUUCACAGAAGACCAUUUAAACAUAUGUCAGUUACAAAAUCAGGUGUAAAUGAACCAUAUACUCAUGAAAUUGAGCUCUGAUUUAUGCAUGUAACUCAAUUGUCUGCCACUGGUGUCACGAACAAAUGUUAUGUGUGAAUCAGCUCUGUCUAACCCAUUCUUGUGACUUGCCAUCUGAGAAGUCAGAGGCUGAUAAAGACAUUGCCAUCAGUGCCAUCGAUGCUGAAAAUUUCUGGUAAGCAUCAAAAGCAUACCAUCACUUGUUGCAGACUGACUCCAUGUGAUGCUUGACCUAAUGUUAAGCAGCAAAGAUUCUGUAUGAUGUGGCACUAUUUGAUCUAUCUAUGUAACUAAGAAAGCUCAGUAAUAAUCAGGAGAUCAUAUUCUGAAGGAUCAUCAGUAUAUGACAACAGCAAGCUUCUGUGCCUAAAAUCAAAAUGUAUUUCAAAGAAGCUCUUGGACAGCAUUAAAAACAUACAUCAUAAACAGGACUUAUUUCCCAAUAUACAUAAGUUUUAGCAUACAAUCUACAAGAUAUAGUCAGUUUAUUAACAUUUGCGGUUGCAACUGCCCAUUAUGCCUUUUAGAUAUGACAUUCUGUGAGAGGUGUUCAUAAAGUAUGUUUGCCCUGUGGAGAUAGCCUUAUGUACUGCUCUGGUCUGCCCACAGUAUAGAUGAAACAAAUUUUAGAGACAGGGGAGACAUAAAUGAAGGAAUGCUGAUGUAAACUAGCAUGCUAAAGACAAUUUUCUACUUGUGGAUAUGCAUGCAACGUAGUGCUACUUGCUGUCACAGUAAAACUACAUAAACAAUAAUCAUUACUCAUACCAGCCAUUUACGAUGGCAUGGAGCUUUCCAGUCACACAGCUUCGCUUCUUCACCUCCUUUAGAAUUAUGUUGUCCACAGAUGAUAAUUAUAAUAGCCACUACAUAAACCAAAUCUUUCUGUUUAGUUAAUAGUAAUUUCUACCCUAUGAAAUUGCAUCACAUCCUUUUUAUAACUAUGACUUUAAUCUCCUUGGCAAGCUAUUGGCAUAUCUGCAUUUGUAGCCUUUCAUGUCUAUUACAGUUUUUCGCUGUUGCAGUAAAAUAUAUGCCGAACGUUCUCUCCAUCUUGCCAUCUGGCACUAACACAUGGAAUAAUCAUUUUCAUUCUGUGCCAUGCAUGUGUCCUGGAUCAUCCAUUUGCCCAUCCGUUAUUCUGGGAAUGGGCUUUCUGGGAAGUGGGAUUAGUGACAGAAGGCUGGGAUAAAAUAACUUCCUAAAGUACCUGGUUAGUCCUUAACAAUAUGACAAUAGAGUCUGAAGAGUUUUUAGUGAAGUAUUAUAUUACUUACCCACUGGCAACAGAAAAGUGUAACUCUGCCAAUCAGUGCAUGCCCAGAUGGGUUCACCACUUGCAAAGAGUAGUGUGUUAAGUCAGAAAAGAAUGUUUCUAAUCCAUAUUUCUGUCCUGAUGUGUUGGCAUACUUUAGCACCCAGACUGCAAACACAUUCAUAGCUUAUGUGGCUGUACAUGAAAUCGUCUGCCCUGUAAAAGGUGAGAGUGCUUAGGGUCAGCAGGCAACCAGUGCUAAUGUGUUUAUAAGGUAUGAAUACCUUUUGGUUCCCUUUUACAUUUAAAGGAGCAAAGAAAAGAAAGUAGGUGUCUCCAUAACAAAAAAUGAUGGUUUAUAGUAUUUUUUGUCAGUGUUCACAAUUGUCUGAUAUUAUAUAUAGCUCAAACAUUACUAUUGAAAAACUGAUAUAUUCCAGCUGAAAUGCAUACCCCAUAUUUAGGCAUACAAUGAAUCUGAAUAGAGAUGCACAUGUUGUGUAUGCUAUGCUUGGCUAUUGCCACAAAAUUGUCAGAGUUCACAUACUGAUUAUCUUCACGUCUUACGGGAGCACCAUGUUGGAGUCAGCUCCGAGCAGUUUGUCUGCUUGGAUAUAAGUAGAGUUAUAUAACUUAGGAAAUGGUACAUGUGAUUGCAUGUAUUCAGAAGACACCAGCAACCUACAGUGCUGUUUUAAAUGAUCAUGAGAACUCCAGUUCAUACCUGCAAGGCAUAGCUGAAGCUUGUAUUUACAUGGUUGUGUUUUCAUAAAGUGUUAUGAACUCUGGCCAUGCCUCACGAGGUAUAGGAAAACUAUUAAAAAUAUCUUUCACGAUAGCUGUUGUCAGUACUCACACAGCUCACAGAAAUACCUGAGAUUGUUAUGCUCAAGAAAAUUUAAUCUCGAGUAGGAAUCCAGAAUUGAAGGAAAGUGUGAUGAUGCAAAUAAUCUAUUCCCAGCUCUUACUCUAUGUAAUGUAUUUGGUAAAACACUGUCAACUAAGUAUAUGUCUAACAUCCACCUUUACUGUGUUUCCAAAACCAUGCGAUCUCUUGUCAAUCCAUGCACAGUAUUGUCUUACUGUGUCUGACUAAAAAACAUUUUAAAGUAUAGGUCAAGGAUUGUGAUACUCCCUUCUUGUUUUCUAAGGUACAGAGGUCAUCAUCUGCUAUCAAUAUGCAUUCCUUUGAAGGUGGUAGUCUUUGGAUCACAGUGAUGAUGAAUACAGAUUUAAAGGAACACCCUAUUGUUUUUUCUUUUCUCAGAGAAAACUUAAAUUAGUCAUGAACUUUCUUUCCACGACUUCUAGGAUCCACAGGAAAACAAACUACCUUGUUUCGUCAAAGACUGCAGACAGACACAGAAAAACCAGCAUAAGUACAUUUCCAUUUUUCAAUUUAAGAAGAAUAUAAGAAAAGGAAUAAAAUUGUUUUGGCUUAUAAUUGCAAGUACCAAACCAGUUUGUCAGAAAGGGAAAGAGCCAAGGACCACCAACACCACUAUAAAUUGCCUUUAUCUGCUAUGUAAUCAACAAUAAUAUAAAAACAAAGGAGAUGUUAUCUGGAAGUCAGUGACAACUUUGAAAGUAUUAUUGGUCUCAAACAACAAGAAUACCUGUUAGGCUGUAGAAAGUCCAGUGAAUUUUGUAUUUGGUGUCAUAAUCCAAAGGGCUUCUCAGUAUAUUUAGUCUAAACCUGACUAGAAAUAUAUAUAGUGAGCACGUUAUCUACUGCAAUCAAAAAUCUAUUGAGAUUUAAUCAAACUAACAUCAGCCUGAAUCUAUGUGCAAAAACUUGUCACAGUGAAAUGUUCUUACGUUUCUCUUCAGAAAUUAGAUUUAAAAAGUUGUCUACCAUUUUAAGAACUCCACUGGAUGAAAUACUGAAGGACAAAGAAACCUUUACCUCAUACAUCUUGAACUCCAUCAUAUCUCAGUCCUGAAGUGAUGUAACAGAAGUACUUUUAUGACCCUUAGAUAGAUCACAUACUGCUAUUUGUUUAUGUAAACUGAAAAGUAAAAUCAAACCUCCGCCCCCUUCUUUCACUGUGCCCUGACAUGUUUCCUGACUAAUUCAGGCACUUUUUAAUUUUAUCCGCUCUUGGUACACAUGUGAGAAAUGAUCUGUUCACAGUACAGAGAAAGCAAGAAAAUUUUGUUGUCUGUCUCAUUGAAUCACACACAACUUUUUACAGUCUCUCACUAGGAAAUAAAGCUUUUUUGUGCCUAUGGUGAAGAGGUAGUACCUUCUCAAAAACUCAUGUGAACAUCUGAGGACCCCGAUGUAGAUCUUUCACUAAGUCUUGUUCAUUGUCCAGUCCCCCAGCACUGAGCUCCAAGUUACUCACUUCAGAUUAUUGAAGUCUCUGCAUUGACACUUCCAUCUUUGAGUCUUUUAUAAAAAAAGACAUGGUACAGCCAGCACUGACCAUCAUGGACUUCUUGUUUGCAUCUUGGGGCUACUUGCCUGGUCACAUAUACAAUGGUGUAGCAGAAGAGACCUAUAAUUUUUCAUUCCAGCCACUGCAUACCAUUUGCAUGUGUCGUUUAUGCCAUCUGUGAGAAGUGAUGAGUCUAGAAAGCUGCAUUUCAGAAAAGGUUUUAUUAUUUUUAGUGGUUCCAGUUCUCAUCUUUAACUUUUUCCAUUUUUCCUUUGCAUUUGGAUGCCUGUAAUAUGUAUCAUGUAUAUUCACACAAACAUUAUAUGGCUAGACUCCUUCCUCUACCGCAAGUCAGUUCAUACAUAUACAUCAACUACCAUUACAUUACUGCUGUAGCAUAGUAUGCUAGCACUGUUGCAUGGCAGAAUGCUUUGCUGUUAUGCAUUGUUUUCUGAUUGAGCCUAAUUUUUAGGUAUCAUAAAUAACAUAUUUAUGAAGAGCUCUGUCUGACAUCUGCUACUGUAGUCUGGGAAUCGGAGUGAUUACACGGUUCAGUUACAGCUUGCAGAAAAAGGUGCAGGUGCUUGACUUCUGUAGGUUUAUUGUAUGUGAUACGUGUUCUUAUAUCAGAAGCUCUUUGAGGGAGGUGAUGCCUGCUCCUUGCCAGUCCUGUUGCUAGUAUUGUUAGCAGUUAAAGCAUGUACAGCUGGUUUUGUCGGUGUGUAGUCAAUCAAAGUUUGAUAUGGAUAUGUAUAAGAAGGGUACAUUGUUUUCCAUGCUUCACACACAUUCUUGGUUUUCUUACUCGCACCAAGUGCUCUUGUAUCUACCAGAACCUGCUUUCUUCCUUAGUUCUUCUCGUUGGGUGUUAUUUUAGCAGCAGAUUUUCCAUCUUGUUGCCAUUCCUUACCCCCUGCCUGCCCCGCCCCCCCCCCCCCCCCCCCCCCCCAAUCCCUGUAAUUCCAGCAGAAAUUGUUCUGGUUCCAAUACAUUAACUAGAAGCUACUACAGUUCUGACUCUUCUCACACUUGCUUCUUUAUCCUCCACCUCUGAGAAAGAGGAAAUCAGCCUUUCAUGCAGAGACAUAGAUUUUGGAACAGUUGUUAGGAUAGCUCUGGAAGUGGUUUUAUGCAUAACAUUAUCAUAAAAUUCACACAUUGUUAAACAUCAACUCUUUUCAGGCACUGCUUCUUGAACCACCCAACAAUGGUUCAUUUAAUUUACAAAGCCUGACAAAUAAGUCAGAAUAUGGAUGGGAUGAUUUGUCUGUGACACAAAUUUCUCAUUUUUAUUCCCUUUUCUCUACAUAGCUCCAUGUGCAUUUCAUGCCCAUGUUUGGCUCAUUAGGAUGUGUGUUAGUAACAGAAUAACUGGAGCAUUUAUUUUCUUUCUGCACCUAAAUUUCAUUUUAUUAUUGUUAUUUUAUUUUACUUUAUUUCUUAUUUUAUUGGCUCACACAACAUUCUAUACAGUAACCUUUUUAUAACUGACAUAUGUUAUUCCUUCAGGUAGCUUCUACUGACAAACACAAAGCUUGUUUGUGUGCAAAUGCAAGGCUGACUAAAUGGUGCUAAAGUGUAUUAUGACUGUCAGAUAUAAUCAGGCAAAAUUUUGUGGUGCUUAGACUGAUUUUUUCAUUGAUUUUAUUGAUCAAUGCAUUGAACAGUGUUUUGUCAUACACAAUUUGUCUUUUAUUAGUAAACCAAGACCUCAUAGUGCAUUGUUAAACAAAAUGGGUUAAUUAAUCUAUGUAACAGCUCACCAAGCUAUUAUCUCUUUAACUCCUUAUAAUGUUGUGUGGUCAAGGGGUCAUGAUAAUAAUCUCAUUGCUGUAGACCAUUAACAUGACUGAACAUUUUCAACAAAGUACUUAUGUUUACAAUGCUAUAACCCUUUGACUGCUGCGGCAACCUUUAACCACAGAAAGUCACGUGCUAGAAUCAUCAUUAUGGUUCUUGCCAUGGCAAUCAAAGAGUUAAGGGCUGUGCAGUGAUUUGUUUAUAUUUAUUAAUUUAUAUUUAUUUUUUGUUUUCAUUUGAGAAGGGGGGAAUUGGGGUGGGGCAGUUCUUGUCUGCUGUAAGUGUCUUAACCAAGGGAAGGGUUAAAAUGGCUUUUUAUACUAUUGCAUCUUAUGUACUUACCAUUGUUUCAUUGUGUUGUAAUUAAAAAAAUCUGUCAAUAAAUAAGAGAACAGAACAAAGUUUCAUAAA